CCCCGUCCGGUCCGCAGCGCAGACGCCGAGCCCGCCGGUUCGCUCCCCGGACGCCCCGGCCCGCGCGGCCUCGGAGACGCGGCGUCGUCAGCAGUCAGAGCCCUCGGAGACAGCGAAGGGAAACCUCACUGGGUUACUAUGCGCUUGCGACUGCUUCCCUGGUUUUUCAUCAUUUUGAACUUUGCGGAAUACCUCGGCGGCCAGCACGCCUCCCGGGGAAGGCGCCAGCGGAGAAUGCACCCCAGCGUCAGUCAAGGCUGCCAAGGGGGCUGUGCGACGUGUUCUGAUUACAAUGGGUGUUUGUCGUGUAAGCCCCGACUGUUUUUUGUUCUGGAAAGAAUCGGCAUGAAGCAGAUAGGAGUGUGUCUCUCUUCAUGUCCAAGUGGAUAUUAUGGAACUCGAUAUCCAGAUAUAAAUAAGUGUACAAAAUGUAAAGCUGACUGUGAUACCUGUUUCAACAAAAAUUUCUGCACAAAGUGUAAAAGUGGGUUUUACUUACACCUUGGGAAGUGCCUUGACAAUUGCCCAGAAGGCCUGGAAGCCAGCAACCACACCAUGGAGUGCAUCAGCAUCGUGCACUGUGAAGCCGGUGAAUGGAGCCCUUGGAGUCCAUGCACGAAGAAGGGAAAAACAUGUGGCUUCAAAAGAGGAACCGAAACUCGGGUCCGAGACAUAAUCCAGCACCCUUCAGCAAAGGGUAACCUGUGUCCUCCUACAAGUGAGACGAGGAAGUGUACAGUUCAGAGAAAGAAAUGUCAGAAGGGAGAACGAGGAAAAAAAGGAAGAGAGAGGAAAAGAAAAAAACUGAAUAAAGAAGAAAGCAAAGAAGCAGUUCCUGACAACAAAGGUCUGGAAUCCAGCAGAGACACCCUGGAACAACGAGAAAACAAAGACAAACAGCAGCAGAAGAAGCGAAAAGUCCAAGAUAAGCAACAGAAAUCGGUAUCAGUCAGCACUGUGCACUAAAGGGUCCCAUGAGAGCAGUGUAGACCCUGUCACUGCUGUCACAACCAGAUGCCCAGGAGAGGUGGUACAGCCAUUAGGACCACAGACAGACGACACAGCAGUUAUUCCCUGCCUAGGCAGCCUUCCAAAUGGUUGUAUAUUCUUCGUGCAGGCAUAGGUCACAGCAAAGAGCCAGACAUUCAAAGAAGGGAUACUUUCACCUGGCUAUCUUAUGUGCUUCUGUGCAUUUUUAGAAGACAAGAAAUUUUGUACAGAAUUAUCAAUACACUAUAAGCCAUCAUCAGCAUAAUGAUGACCUCUGGAGAAGAAACAUCUUUUCCCUAUUAAAAAAAUAAUUUUCCAGCUAUUGUUUUAAGAAGUGAAAGAUAACGCUGCAAGUCCAAAGAGGCAGUAUCCCUUCACAACAAACAGGAGACCCGGGAGAGGAACACCACUCCAAGGACAGUGUGGUUCUGUCGGGGGAUCUGGAGAGCUCGAAGUUAGGGCCUGUGUUUGGAAUCAUUGGUUUUACCGUCACAGGAGCCACUGCAUCCUAGAAGUGUUACGAUGACUUCUGUCAUUCUCAUCCUAUGCUUCUGCAAGAAUCAGGAGAGUGCAGACCAGAGUUAAAUAUUCUGUGUGAGACUGGAGGACGGCAAAACGUGGAAGGGAUCAUACAGCUGGAGAUCGCUUCUUGCUCCGCAAAGCUGUGAAGGGUCGUGAUCCCUGGGACAGGUCUCCAAUCUAUGGCAGCGCUGGUGGGUCAGCCUCGGCUGCCCUUCGGACUACAUAAGUGUAAACAUGUGCCUGUAACUUUGUUCUAAAAACAGAAUCAUACUUAUUAGGAGGAAAUUCUGAUUUAAUAGAAAACAAAAAAAUAGAGCCAGGAGAAUAUACUAUGUUUGCAAAGUCUUGGGUUUCCUUUCUCUUUCAAUGAGGGAAAAACAGUUUCCUUCCCUGCCUACUGGUCCACCUGGAACUAAAAGGAAUACUACUUUCUAACAGGGUGUGUCUAGUACAGGAGAAAGCCACCAAAAUAAAUAUAUUUGUUAAUGGUUUUUAAAGUUUGGUUCACUUUGUUUUAUUGUUUGUUUUAUUGGGGAAUUUCUUCAAUGUUUUUAGGGACUCAAGAAUUAGAAAAGAGAAGUCUGCUAAAUCAGAGAAUGUGUGUCCUAUAUGAUUCCGAACCUACAACAUUUCUUAGUAUGUUUGCCUUUUGAACCCACCUUUAUCUGAGCCAACAGAGACUUAUUGCUGGGUUAUUAGGAGAAAUGUAUUCGACCUUUUUCUUAUUUUAAUCAACAAAAAUCCUAGUUACAGACUCGUGGCCUACCUAAUUGAUUUCACUGCUCCCCCGAUUGCCUAGAAAUGAACGUCUUUUCUCAUACGUUGGUUCCUCCUGCAACGUCAACAUUUAGUCUUUUCUUCUCCAUAGUUCCUCAGUCUGUGGAUCUCUUUUGGAGUCAGAAGUCACCCUAGCUGAAGGCCUCUCCAUGAUUAACAGAGGACCUGGCCAGCCCUGUACAGGAGGAGGCAGCUCAGUACCCAGCGCAGAAUCUCAUGCCUCACCCUGAAGCCUUCCUGCUGUCACAGAAGGAUGAGUAGCUGUUCUGUCCACCUCAAGUCCUAGCCCUUUCGAGAUCACUGCUUUCUGAAGAAUUUGCAAUUAAUAUACCUUCUGCCCGUCUGUCUGUCUGUCUGGGCACCCUUUCUCCACCAACUGUACUGCCCAUGUGGACUGCUUGGCUUAAUUGAUUUUCUCCCUCUCUUUUCCUUUUCCAAGAUAUAAAAACGUUAAAUGAUGUAUUCCUCUUUUACUCCAGUGCCUCUUGUCUGCAGCACAGAAGUUUUUAAACUAACUUUGUUCACAACAUGUCUAAUUCUAUCUUCAAGGAGAAGUACACUUCAUUCCACAGAAUUACAUCAGGUGGAAGUGUGUGCCUGUGUUUUAGAACUUUGGGAGUUUCAGGAACCACCCUUGUCCUCAGUGUUAUCCAGACAAGUAUAAGUAGCCAAGCUAUUUUGCACAUCUUUCUAUAUUUGUCUCCAUUCUUUCUACAGACAUGAGGAAGGUCUAUACCUGCAUUCACAAUACUGGGAAAGGGUUAUAUGAACCAGGACAUAGAAAUGAUGACUAUGUCUUCCCACGUGAUCCUCUUGACCAUGGCAGUGGAUCUAAAUCCUUGAUGCACAAAACUUAAAUACAAAGUUAAAGGGGCUGGGGAUGUAGUUCAGCAGUGCCGCACCUGUCUGGCAAGCACAAGGUCCUGAGUUCUAUUCCCUGGACUGGGAAAAAAAAUACAAAGUUAAAAUUGUUAAAGUACAAAGGAUGUCAGGUCCAGUGAUGUACUCCAUAAUCCCAGCACUCCAGGAGGCUGAGGCAAGAUUUACAAGUUCGAGCCCAGCCUAGGCAACUGAGUGCCUUAGUUAGACCCUGUCUCUAAUCAAAAGACAAAAAGGUCAGGAACAUAUAUCAGCAUGAAGGACCUGGGUUGAAUCCCUGGUGUUUGCACACACACAGUACAAAUAAAAAAGAAGGAAAAAUUAAUAUUAAUGGAGAUUAAUUCAUACAUUGGGUAAAAUAUAAAGGAAGUAAAAAGUAAUAUCGAGUUUAACUGUAAUUCCCAACCCAUUUGUAGUAAAGUGUUAAGCACAUGGGAUCAUAGAAUAUUCAAACUAGUAUCUUUGAGCAAAAACUCAUCAACUUCUGGUACAGCUCCCACAUAAUCACAGAGGAAGGCUCUGUAGAUGGUAACAGCAGUGGGUAAAUUCUCAAUACAAAGACAGGUCGGAGGGAGUGGACAGUAUAAACUUGUCAGUGUCUGAAGCCCAGGACUCCAGAUUCUGCUUUGUAAUAGGAGAAGCUUCUGUUCUGUCAUCGGAUUUGGGCUCAGUUCCAGGUGUACAACCAUUGAUAGGUCACUUAUCUGCUCUGCUGUGGUCCCAAUUUCUCAUGUCCAAUAAGAAAGCGGGGGACCGGAGAAGAUCUCUGGUCUCAAGCAAGGGAACUUCUGGCACUUCCUCCAGGCCAGGGUGAUGCCCCUUAAAGUGUCCUCAAUAUCCACAGUGUCCUUAGGAAAUUGUCUUAACCCUGGUUUCCCAAAAGUGGAAAUGCAUAGGCUGUCAAAGCAUACAGAUUUAACUCUGCUGCUCUGCUGCAAUUGAAUUAAAAGUGGUUCACAUUAGUGGGUAUUAAAAUAUCACAAUGUAUAACAUAAGGAAGAAAAAGUAUGUAUAAAUGUAGCUAAUGCUAAGAUAGACUGAUCCUCUCCAAGGGAGAUGGGAAAGAAAGCAGAGUACUCUGUACAUAGAGUUAGACAGCCUAUGUUAUCCUGGAGUUCUGCUACUAACUGGCUGUAACUUGUGUGGGCUUGGGCAAGUUGUAUUGUCUCUCAGAGCUUCCAUUCCUCAUCUGCGAAUGGAAGUGGCAACGUCUCCCAGAAGGUUGUAAUGAUAAGUACAAGGUUCAUCACCUAUAUAAUAACUCCUGUCAACAAAUAGGUAUCAAUAAAAAGUAAUGACUAAUUCCACCUCAAA